GCCGCCCCAGAGCCGCCCAAUGGAAACAAGGGUCAGGCUCCGGGGCCAUAACCCGGAACAGGAAGUGGAGGCGUCUCGCGUCCGCUGACCCCAACGAGAUACGGAAGGGAAAAAGGAGAAGCGGCUGAGAUUGCCAGUGGAGAUGAGAGUGGGUGAGUGUCAUGUGCAGAAAAUGGCCUCCUGUCUGAGAUCUAGUGUUCGACAGCCUUGAAAUCAGCUUUUGGUGGGGGCCAAAGGUUGGCAACACCAAGAUGUUUGAUAGGAGCGAGCCAACUGAUGAAGCCUCUGCUUCUUCAGCGCAAGGUGCAAUGAAUUGUUUUAUAGUGAACUGUUCAACACCUGCUGCGUUUUACCCGAGAAGUGACUGCAUUAUGGUGACAGGUAUAGAAAGACGAGGUAUUGAAGGAUCCCUACAACAGGAGAGCAGUAGCAGUGUAAACAUACGAGAGCCAGAGCAGGCUGGACCUGGUUUAUCCAGUGUGCAAAAUAGACAAGGCUAUUGCAACUGCUGCCACGUGCACUACAGCAAUCUUGAACAGCAUGUUUUCAGUUCCCAGCACAGACAUUUCACCAUGUACUGCAGGAAUCGCACAGGUACCACCCCCCUGAUGGAGCGUUUCCUGCAAGAUGUUCUGCAACAUCAUCCCCACAGAUACCAUGACAACAGACCAACAUAUGAUGACAUGCCAUUUCCCACCUCCCCAAUGGUUCCCCGGGAUGUUUUCCUGCUUCCAGAAGAGGAGGAGAAAGAGGUUGUAAGAAGCAUACGGGAGAUGCCUGGCACAGACAGUGAAUCCAUUGUUAAAUCAUGCUCCCCUUCUCCUUGCAGAUCUCAGGAGGGCAUAAAGUCAAUUUCUGUGCCACAGACGUUUAUCCAAAAACUAAAGAUGGGACAGAAACACAUCUUAGAAAUAUCCCAGCAAACUUUGGACAUCUGUAGCAGUGAGAAAAAACAUACAGUAAUGGAUGGUGCUCAAAUUGCAAAUAGUAAGCGCGAUGGCCAGUUUACAGCUGUGAGCCCAGUAUCUCACCAUUUGCGUAGCACUCCUUUAUGUCACAGUUCUCCUGUUAGCCCUGUAAUUGCAAAAAAUAUUAGGUACUCAGCAACAUCAAAUUUGAUUCCAAGUAGCAGAUAUGAUCACAUGCAGAAGGAUGUAUGCCAUAAGGAUGGAUUAUUAAACACAAAUCCUAAUCCUGUUCUGGCAUCAGUCCACCCAAAAAACCCUUCAUUUUCACAUCAGAGUCCUACCUGCAACCAAGGCAACUCUUCAUAUAUUAUCUCAGGGCAAUCUUUUUUAAAACUAGAUGGUUUACAAUCUCAGGAUGAAACUUUAGUGUCUGACUUCUGUCUCAGGGAUCUUGUGGGUACUAGCAACUCACUAAGUUUUGGGGCAUCCCCACAAUUAACAAGAUACAAAAACAUCAAGGUGAGCAGGGUUGAUGAAACUUCAGUAGAUGAGAUAAUUGAAGAAGUCAUUCUGAAGUACUGCCAUGGAGCUCCACCUAAUAAGUUGUCUUGCAAAGAUGAAGAGAGUAAUUCCUAUUUAAAUAUUUCAUCACUUCUGUAUCACAAUAGUCUAGAUGGCUCUGAAAUGAGUUUUAAUUGUGAGGCACCUGUUUGCUCAGGAGCAGGCCUACCCAAGGCAGCUACACAUGAUAUAGAAUUCCUAAAAGAGGUCCAAGUAAACCUGGAAGAUAGAAACUAUGGAACCCAACUUAGUUCUGUUCUAAAAGGUGGUUCAGUGGAGCAAACAGAAGCAGCAAAACAGGAUAUAAUAAUUCAUAAUGAGGAACCAGUUCUUCCAGCUCUGCCUCAUGUGCCUCCUUCAUUUGUGGGAAAGACGUGGUCCCAGAUAAUGUACGAAGAUGAUAUAAAAAUUGAAGCACUUGUGCGUGAUUUCAAGGAAGGUCGUUUCCGUUGUUAUUUCAACAGUGAACCCUCUGCCAACUGUACAGGGAAGAGGAUGAGGAAGAAGCAGAAAGGUGAAAGGAAGAGUGACAUUGUUACAGGUAACAGAACAGAAACUUCAUCAGUUAAAGCAUUGCCAGAAUUUAAUGAUGCUGUAAGUGGUGGUUCUGAUUUUGAUAACUUAUUGGCCUCUGAUACACUAUGCAACCCACAAAUACUUCAUAUGCCUAGAAAGAGGACAUGGCGCCUUGCUUCAAGAUGCCAAGUGGUCAAAGUCAGCCAUGGAACCCAAACCAGUUUAGUGAACUAUCCAGUAGUAAAAAGAAAAAUCAUUAGAAAGGAGUCUGAUCCACCAGAUCAGAAAGCAAACAUUAUUUGGUCAGAGAAUGAAAGAAUUUCAAACAUGAAAACCAGACUAUGUGCCCUCAAGCUUCCUGAAGCAUAUACCAAAAUUAUGAGCCCUCUGCAGCCCAAGACAGUGGUUUAUGUCCUUUCAUGUCCAGAGAUUAAACAAUAUAAAGGCAAACCCAUAGAUGUUCCCAAAAUGAGGAGAAAUCACAACUCCACAGACAGCAAGGACUCUGUAAGGUACAGAUACAAACAAUGUUCUCUAAAGUAUUAUGACCCACUGACAAAUCGAAUUCUGAAAACACCUCCCAAGAGCACAGUUAGAGAAAAAGCCCAAAAGCCCUGCCAUGUUCGACAACUGUUCAGGAGUCUAAGCCUCGAUGCAAACACGAAGAAACUAUCUGAUACACAGAAAGAAUAUUCACCAUCCAAAUCCUUCAAUUGGCCAGGCUUCUAUAGUUCCUCUUCAGCAACUUUCCUGUCAGAUCCAGUUAAAGGGAAUGAUAUGAAUUCAAGUCUGAGGACAGAUGGAUCUUCCAUUUCCACAGAAAGAUCUGAUUUUCCGGUAUUUGUUCACUCAGAGAAGUCCUAUAAACACUUAAUCAUUUCACCUUUCAACUCCCAUCAGUCUCAGAUAGAAGGAGAUGUUAGAUUAACUCCAAUUAAUAGCAGGGUUGCCAAAACACCUUUGAAGUCAAUCAGGAGCGAACGGUUGGAGAGGGAGAAUUCAAAGACAAUGUGGAAGAGGAAAGAAGGCACUAGUAGGGAACCAGGUUUUUCCAAAAAGGCUUCAGUACCCAUAUCUGUCAAUUGUGGCCUUGUGAGAAGAGGAAGUAGAGUAGCCCCAUGCAAACAAGCAUCCAGAACUAAAAAGCAAAAAAAGGAGCAGAUAAGAGGGAAGCUCUCCUCUCGUGCCCAAAAAUCUUCUGUCUUCUCCAUCCAUAGGCACCAGACCAGGAAACCUACUUUGGGAAAGCACCUCAAAAAGGAAAAACUUGAUGCUAAAAAGCUAAAGGUUAGGAGGAAACCCAGGAGGACAUUUUUGAACUCUACAGUCAUUUCGGGAAUUACUGAAAAGAGGCAGAAAAUCACAGCAGGGUCUUUUCCAAAGAAGCCAGAACUAGCUUCUUCCAAGGUUAGGAGCUGGGAGAUAAGGGUCUCCCCAGCAUUGUGAAACGGCCCUCUGGAAGAACUUCUAGUAUACCUGUAUUGGGAAGCUGUCUUGUUUUACCAGUAGAUAGCUAGCCAAAACAACAACAAACUUUUACUUACCCAACACCUGGGAAUA